AACUUCUAUGACUUCUAAUCAAUUAACGGAAGAGGUCACGAAUCAGGUUUCCGAGAACAUGAGGAACUUUCUAGCAGCAGUUAAAGAUAAGCAGCUCCUGGCCUUUGAAGUAUCAGAUAUGGAAAAGGGUGGCUCAAUAAAUAAAGUGGUUGAUUGCAUUCUGUGUCUGAAAGGAUAUCAUGAGUGGAAGAAAGCAGGUGGAGUUGGGGACUGGAAAUAUGGUGGAACCGUAAAGAUCAAAUCCUCCGCGAACGAUUUAUCUCAUGCCUUAACUGGCUCUGCAAUCGAAAGACCUGCGGAUGAAACCAGGGAAGAAUUGGAAUUAUCAAAAUAUGAGCAGCUACGAGACUUUAUUCAGCUGUCCAACGAGGCCUCCGUUGAAGAAUCCAAAACAACCAAUGCUCUAACUUUCCUUUUCGAUCGCUUCGGCCUUUGGAUUCUCGAGGCUUAUCUUACAGAUUACAUGGAUGAAGAGUUUCCCUUGAAUGCAAUGGUGAUUGAUUCCUUCCUCAGCAAGGUGGUUAAUGACUUCUCGACGCUUCUAGUUUCUCAAGGAAUCAAGCUUGGACUGUUCUUGAAGAAAUUGCUGAAAGCUGAUGAUGGUCCAGUGUCUAAAUCUGAUUUCAUAGAAGCUACCUCAGAGUAUAUCGACAAAAGAAGCAACCUGCAGGCAGCAACUGAUGUCUCCAAAGCCUUAAUCUGUAUUGGCAACAAUGAGGUUAUUCUCAAUAGUGUUUCUCGCUCUCCCGGCCGUGUCGAAUUACUUUCCGAUCUUAUUCAGAGACAUAUUGAGGAUCUUAAAUUAUUUUUCGGUGAAACACGAUUAGAAGUUCGAAAGUUUCAUUCAUCUUGGGAGGCAGACAUUAAAAGAUUAGAGCAUCAUGUCAGCGAUCUCGAAGUCGCCUCGUCUUCUUACCUAAAGAUCCUACAAGAAAAUCAAAUGCUGUUCAAUGAAGUAUUAGACCUCAAAGGAAAAAUAAGGAUAUACUGUAGAGUAAGGCCCUUGUUACCGGGAGAAUCGAAAGAUCAAUCAACCAUGGACUAUAUUGGGGAAAAUGGAAGUAUCCUCAUUGUCAAUUCUUUAAGAAAAGGAAAAGAUUCAAAAAAAGUAUUCUCAUUUGACAAAGUGUUUGGACCAAGUUCUUCCCAAGAACAAGUAUACACAAACAUUCAACCAUUGAUCAGGUCCAUACUUGAUGGUUACAACGUAUGCAUCUUCGCAUACGGUCAGACUGGAUCGGGCAAGACAUACACCAUGAGCGGGUAUGACUUGAACACGAAGGAGACAUGGGGUGUGAAUUUUCGAGCUAUAUGUGACUUAUUUCAAAUAUCGAAGACAAGAGCAGAUGUCAUAGAAUACAAAGUUGGGGUCCAAAUGGUUGAAAUCUACAAUGAACAAGUGAGAGAUUUGCUAGUUAUUGAUGGCUCUACUAAAAGAUUAGACAUAUAUAACAAUACACAAUUGAAUGGCCUUACUGUCCCUGAUGCAAGUUGGGUUCCGGUUUCAAGUACUCAAGAUGUUCUUGAUCUGAUAAGGAUCGGCCAAAAGAACCGUAUUGUAGGUCCAACCGCGUUUAACGAGCGCAGCAGCCGUUCUCAUAGCAUUUUGACCGUUCACGUUCACGGAAAAGAACUGGUUUCCGGGUCGAUUUUCAAAGGUUCCCUCAAUUUGGUGGACUUGGCCGGGAGUGAGAGAGUCGAUAAAUCGAAAGUUCAAGGCGACCGGCUGAAGGAAGCUCAAUAUAUAAACAGAUCACUUUCUGCACUAGGAGAUGUCAUCUCAGCUCUUGCACAGAAGAGCACACAUAUUCCUUAUAGAAACAGCAAGCUCACACAAAUAUUGCAGAAUUCUUUAGGUGGACAUGCUAAGACUUUAAUGCUUGUACACAUAAGUCCUGAACCCGACGCCAUCGGAGAGACGAUGAGCACGUUGAAGUUUGCCGAGAGAGUUGCUUCGAUAGAACUCGGGGCAGCUAGAUCUAACAAAGAAACCGGUGACAUACUGGAAUUAAAAGAAGAGAUAACAAGCCUUAAGCUGGCAUUGGAGAAGAAAGAAGCUGAAGUAGAACAACUAAGGAGCAUUACACCAUCUCAAAAGACAAAAGUGCUUAGAUUUGGAAUAUCUCCCAAGCCUGAUGCAUAUCAACGGCUUAAUGAUGAUACUAAAAGUUCUGAGGCCAGAACUGUUUCUUCUGCAAAGCCAAGGAGGUCGAAGUUUACGUCUUCACUUACAGGGAAGGAGAUAUCGGCGAAAGUGCCAGAAGAGAGAGCGGCACGUCCCGGAAAGCCAAGGUCACCUACCGCUCCUGUGAGGAGAUAUUUGUCUGGUGCUAAAGGAGCCUUGAGUAGAAAUAAGGUGAAGUUUGAUGUAGUUGAGAACCAACCAAUGUCGAAAGCAGUGCUUCCGGCUAAAACACAUGGCACUAUAUCGCUUGCUCCGGAGCCGGAGACCGCAUCGACGGAUAACAACUCCGGGGUCCAUGCAGACCAUAAGAGUGAUGAAAGAAAAUUGAAUUCUCUGAUGCAUUCAACAGCCUCUUCUCUAGGGAAGGUCAGUCAGAACUUGAAGAAGAGCAGUUUCUUUUAGUCUG